AUGGCCUCACCUGUCAAAGCACCUGAACAAUCAUCAGCCAUAGCAUUCAAUACAACAAUACCUAUAACAAAUUCAGUUCCUGCUGCUUCUCCUGUUUCAGUUCCAGCCUCUACUAUAGCCUCUGCUUGCUCUCCAUCAAAGCAUUCAGAUCACUGCUCUAUGUGGCACCAAAUACUUGGCCAUGCUCAAGUGGCGAAUCAAUUUUCUGCUUCUAUCAAGAUCGUUAGGUCUGAUAAUGGUCUUAAAUUUUUUAAUGCUCAAUGUGCAACUCUUUUCACUUCUCUUGGAAUUGUCCAUCAAAGUUCUUGUGUUCACACUCCACAACAAAAUGGAGUGUCAGAACGAAAGCAUAGGCAUCUACUUGAAAUGGCUAGAGCCCUUAGGUUUCAAGCUCAUUCCCCGUUGAAAUUCUGGGGAGAAUGUGUUCUUACAACUUCCUUCAUCAUUAAUAGAUUGCCUUCUUCAGUUCUUUCAGGGAAAUCUCCUUAUGAGCUGUUUCAUGGUCAAUCACCUUCACUUACUCAACUUAAGGUGUUUGGCUAUUUGUGUUAUGCAACCACACCAUGCUUCACAGACAAGUUCUCUUCUAAAGCCAUUCCUGCAAUCUUCAUGGCUUCUAUUCCUUCUUAUGAUGAUACAUUUCCUACCAGAGAUGAUGUACCAUCCAGUUCACCUCCAACUUCUGUUCUAACUCCAAAACCCCUCAUUGCACAACCAGAACCCUCUAGUCUACAACCACCUCUAUCUCCUGUUAUGCAACCUAACAUUACUCCCUCAACACCUUCUCCCAUUGAGCAACAACCCACUCACAUUUCAGAUGUCACUCUGAGGAAGUCUGUCAGGACAUCUAAUCCUCCCUUAUGGCUAACUGACUAUGUGCAUCAGGUCAAGCCUACUUCCACUCCUUAUUCCAUAUCUUUCUCCCUCAACUACUCUUCUUUAUCACCUUCUUAUAAAGCCUGUCUAACUUCUUAUUCUUCCAUUGUUGAACCUACAACCUUUGAACAAGCUGCUACAGACAGCAAUUGGGUGCAGGAUAGGAACUUGAGGUUUAGGCCCUCACUGGCAAUAACGCCUGGGAGUUGGUAG